CCUUACUGUAUAUGUUUUCACCAAGGAGCACUGUGAAAUAAGCACAGCGCAGAAGCCGUCCUUAGCCCAUAUUACAGUUUUAGCUGGAUUGCUAGCUGAUGUUAACAUUUUUUUUGUCAUUAGAGAACAUCACGGUUGAAAUUUCACAAUUAACGUUAACUCACUGGAAAGACAAAAUAUUGGUUAACUCCUUGGAGGUGGCCUGGAUUUUCUGACUUAUGUAGACUUCUUUAGCGGGCAUUCCCUGACGUAGGUGUGGAGGCAGUCACCAUUACAUGAACAGCACGCCCUUCUGAGCCAUCUGCUUUGGGCACAGCCCCUUGGUGACUCUGGAUCUCUGCGUGCUCUCCACACCAUCAUGGAACACCCACGAGAAAAGGAAGGUGAACGGCCAACUAGAAGCAGUAAGGUGGCUCAAGGGCGAAGUGGGCACUCUCGCCCCUCCAGCUCCUCUGCCUCAUCUGGUGUAUUGAUGGUUGGACCCAACUUCCGUGUUGGAAAGAAGAUUGGUUGUGGCAACUUUGGAGAGCUGAAACUCGGAAAGAACCUCUACACUAAUGAGUAUGUCGCCAUCAAAUUGGAGCCAGUCAAAUCACGGGCACCCCAGCUACAUUUAGAAUACCGCUUCUACAAAACUCUUGGCAGCACAGCGGAGGGUCUGCCCCAGGUCUUCUACUUUGGGCCUUGUGGGAAAUACAAUGCCAUGGUUCUGGAGUUGUUAGGCCCAAGCCUUGAAGACCUUUUUGACCUGUGUGAUCGGACAUUCUCCCUCAAAACUGUCUUGAUGAUGGCUGUUCAACUGAUCUCACGGAUGGAAUAUGUGCACUCUAAGAACCUCAUCUACAGGGAUGUUAAGCCUGAGAACUUCCUCAUUGGGCGGCAAGGGAACAAAAAAGACCACAUUAUUCACAUCAUAGACUUUGGUCUAGCCAAAGAGUACAUUGACCCUGAAACAAAAAAACAUAUCCCAUACAGAGAGCACAAGAGCUUAACUGGCACAGCUCGAUACAUGUCAAUAAAUACCCACUUAGGGAAAGAGCAGAGUCGCCGCGAUGACCUGGAGGCAUUGGGUCACAUGUUCAUGUACUUCCUUCGUGGGAGCCUCCCCUGGCAAGGACUGAAGGCUGACACGUUGAAAGAACGAUACCAGAAAAUUGGGGACACAAAGAGGAACACUCCAGUUGAAGUUCUCUGUGAGAAUUUUCCAGAAGAGAUGGCUACCUACCUUCGUUAUGUGAGACGGCUGGAUUUCUUUGAGAAACCAGAUUAUGAAUACCUUCGGACCUUGUUCACAGAGUUGUUUGAACGGAAAGGAUAUGCCUUUGAUUACACGUAUGACUGGGUUGGCAGACCGAUUCCAACACCUGUCGGGUCUGUCAAUGUGGACUCAGGUGCAUCAGCCAUAACGAGAGAAAGCCAAACUAACAGGGACCGGCCCUCUCAACAGCAGCCUGCGAGGAAUCAGACAUCGACUACAGAUCGCAGGGGAGCCUGGGAGGUGCAGCCCAACCGCCAGACGAACUCUUCUUAUCUGACCUCCUACAUCGCAGAAAGGCAUGGAGGAUCAGUGCAGGUGGUCAGUUCAACCAAUGGUGAACUGAAUAUAGAUGACCCGCUGGCUAAUUCCAAUGCCCCCAUCACUGCACAUGCUGAAGUGGAAGUGGUUGAAGAAGCUAACUGCGUGAAAAUGCUCAACAUGUGGUGCUGCUGCUUCUUCAAGAGGAAACGGAAAAAGAACACACCUCGACAUAAAUGAGCUACUGAGUCAAAUGAUGGGGAAGAACUGAACUUCUGAAAGAAGAUCGAAAACCCAAGAAGAAAUACUAAUGGCUUCCAGUUGGGAACCCUGUAUUUGAGAGUGAGACAUGCAUUGUGUUUUCCCAGUGAAUUAAUUUAUUUUCAGUUUUGUUUUUGUAUGUGUAUUGUUUUUUUCCAGAUGUGUUGGUGCACAGGCUUGAUAGGAAGUUGGACACAGCCAUGGUUAAUAUAUCAGUUUUAUUUGCUGUUUGUUCUUACCCCCAUUUUGUCCACCUACCUUACCUGUGUACAUGUAAAUUAACACUCUCCCUUCACCAAGAUAUAUGAAUGGAAGUGGAAUGACCUGGGGAGUUGCAAAAUAACAAAUGGAUUUUUUUUUUUUAAAUAAUUUGUGUGGGGGAUGGGGGGGGGUCGCAGCUUGCACUUGUUAUUCAAACACAGAGCCUCUGUUGUUCAGUUGUGAUUGUGAACACAUCAGCUGUUGCCAUAGUAUGACAAAUGCAAAAGACAGACAAACUGCCUACGGCUCCAUACCAAAACACCAAAUACUUAUUUGCAACAUAUGAAAUGAUGGCCUUGAGCUUGCCCCUAUACAUUAUGUUUGACAGACUGGCAUCAUGUUCUUUGAUUAGAUGGUGAAAUGCCUCAGCAGCAUGGUUUUCUAAAAUGUCACUGGCUUUCUUUAAUUACGGAGAUGCUUGUUGUAAAGCACUCUCUCUGUCGACAGUUUGUGCUGUUUUAGUUUCCAUAUGUUUCUUUUUUCUUUGCCUUGAAUUGAGUUUUGCUAUAAACAGACUAAUUUCAUACACACAGAUGAAUGCCGGAGAUCAGAAUGUUCAGGUCAUUGUACACAGAUAAUGUUUUUUAUUUUUAUUUUUUGUCUCUUGGUAAACAUGAUUACAUUAGGCAAAGUGAUGACGCUGUUUACCAUUUGCACCCCUUAUUCCUGUGCCAUUGGAUUUUUAGCAGAUUUAUCAGUGGGAAGAAAAGGCAGAAUAUAGUCGGAUUGGGUGAGGCACAUAAAGACAAUGCAGAAUAGUCUGUAGGGUUGAGGCGCAAGGUCGUCUUAAACCAUUCUACUCCUGGAACCCGAACCAAGUCAAUGCCUUAAACUUUAACGGCCUAUCCAAGCAUGUCUUAAGUCGCCAUCAAACCCUAACAAUCCCUUGGACAUUUCUCUUCACUGCUCUGGACCUCUUAGUGUGUAGACGACAGGCAACUGUUCCAGGAUUUUUUAAAAACUUUACAUCCUCAUUCCAGAUCUUAGAAGGGUCUUGAGCAGUGGAUGUGGUCUGUUAUGAACUUCACUGGGUGCAGUGUAUAUAACAGUGUUCAAGGAUUGGGGUUGGAAGUUUGGUACAGCUGAGGUCGAGUUGUGGUUUCCUGAAUACUGCAUACAUUGCACGGCAUUGUUUUUUGGGAAUGAAAAUCUAAACACAAUAAUGACUAGGUUGCCUUGCUUUUCUUGCAAGAUUGCGCAUUGUUCCCCUUGGAUUUCUUUUUUUUAUAUUAUUUACUUUUUCUAAUGUACAGUAAAUGGAACAUAAAAAUGUAUUAGUACUGUCUGUGGUAAGAUUGCCAUAUGUUGUCGAAAACCCUGAAAGACCAAGAGCUAUGUGUUAGGGAGACUGCACAGUGUAUUGUUAAGCUAUUGUUUACUUUUAUUGGCGUUGCCUGUACCUUUCUUUCCUGUCCUGUCCUUUAAUGUACUGCACUGAUGGGCUGUGUUCCCCAGAAUCCCUUGGAUUCUCUGAUCCAUCUGAAGAUUUGAAGGAGUGCAGUGGAGAAUUGCUAUGAGACAAGAUAUUGAAAAUGAGUGCCUGUACUACUUCCUUUUCACAGUGAUUGCAUUCUGUGUGACGUCUAAUUGUUUGGUUUGGACAUCCAUAUGUUUGGGCACAUUCUACAUGCUGCUUUGGGAUGUUUUUGCGGGCGAACAAUGCUGAAACGUUAAUCAUGUCCUGCUGAUGAUGCAUUAAUCAUGCCCCCCUGAUAAAACAUGAGAACAUUGAAGAUAAAUUCUGUCGUAAGGUCAGACGCUGAUUUAUCAGACAGAUUUGUGUUUGAACAGCUAGUACCUCACCUUCAGAAGUAUUGGGGAAAGGCUUGCACUCUGUGCCUACCCUGAAGUUCACUAUUAUCAUUAGCAGCCUCAGACAGCAGAGCCAAUAAACUGAUCAUUAGGCGAUGUGUACAAUCUGAGCGAAAUGCAUUAACAGAGCUUUUUUCCCCCCUUCAUUUUCAUAGUGACUGAGUAUCAACUGUGUGUGGAACUAAUUUCAAAAGUACUUGAAAAGUCAGUUUUCUGCUUUAAACUGCAAUAUAAUGUUUUGUGUUCUGUUGCUGUUUCUAAUUAUUUUUAAUCUCAUUUGAGAGUUGAGUUAUUGUUGUGCCUCUGUUUUUGUUUGUUUGUGUAUUCCCUUCUGUAGAGCUUGUUGGCUAUUCAUAGGAGCGGCUCUUGCUACUGUCAACAUCAGGCCAGGAAGUAGCAGUAGCUUGUGGCUUGUUAAGCGGGCUCUUCUGUAACUGAAAUUGUUGAUGUUUUGCGUUGAAUGUUGUUACACUAAUAGGGAAUUUAGAUGCUAUUUUAAAGGCACCCCCCCCCCCAUACACACACACAAACAAACAAUACAAAUGUGAUAACUCUACUGUCCUCUGUAUACUCUGUGGGUGUUCAAAGUCAUGGGACCUGAUUGGAUGUCUCACUUGAUGGCCAGUGUUGCUACAGACCUGCUUUGGCAAUAUAUUCACAACUGACCUUAGCAUAUGCACUGACUAGAUCACAUUCCAUAACCUUUCAAAAUUGGAAAGUGGAUGGUUUUACAUAGAUGGAUCUUUGUGAGAACCUUGACCCACUUGAAUGAAUAUUUCUUUUACAGAAAGGUUUGCUGGUGUUGCUGUCAUGACUACUAACAUUUUGGCAGUUUGAUUUUUAUUUAACAAGUCAGCAUGUUUGCUUGUGUGUAUGUGCAGUCAAAGACACAUUUUCAGUGUUUAGACAGUUAAAAUGCAUAAAUCAUUCCUCACUGAAGACUGACUGCUCCAGUGGGAUAAAAGCUUGAGUUGAACGUCUCUGAGACCAUGCAUAGGCUGGGCUGACUUCAUGUGGGCAUCUAUAAACAGUUGUAUGCAAAAGUGUGGGCACCCCUGUGUAACUGACAGAUUUUGUUGAUUUUGAAAGUGAAAAUAAGUAAGUAGAGACCUUGCAAUAUUAAACAGUGAGGCUUUAAAAAUAGAGAAAAAUAAACAGUUAUUGUAGCGUGUCCAAAGGUCUAGGCACGCGACUAAGCCAGAAAUGAUUUUUGUAGACCGCAAAAAGUCUUUAUUCUUGCUUUAAGAAUGUUCACCCUCUUUUCCUUGCAGAUCACUGUAAGUACUAAGAUGCAUUUACCCACAUAUUUUCAAUCAUGUUUAAGUUUGGGCAUUCCAAAAAGUACGGUUUGUGUUUCUUGAAGAAGUUCAUGGUGUAUUGUAAGAUAUGCUUUGAAUCAUUAUCCUGUUUAGACAUCUGUCUUGUAGGCUUCCGUUUCUUCACUGACUACAUUUACAUCUUGUAUUUGCUGAUAUUUUGUGGAAUCUACUCUUCUCUGUAUUUGUAUAUGUCCUAUGCCACUGGCUGCUAGAAACAGCCAUCAUAAAACAGAAUAAUCUACCUGCAUACUUAACAGUUGUCAAGGGAUUCUUAUCAAAUGCUGUACUUCCUUAAUAGUAUUUGGGUCAUUGGGAAUUGCCAGCUGUAAUGCUUUGGUAUGUUUUUAAAAUCUUCUGUUUUAUGGGCAUCAAAUAGGUUCAGUUGGAUCCUGUGUCCGUUGCUUAGAGAGGGCUAUUUAAGUUGAAAUGAGUCAAACAAUUCCUCAAGAUUCGGCUUGAGCUGCGAAUGACGAUUCUUAACCUGCUCCUAAGAAGUCAGAACAUAAUAUUAACUUGUGAGGUCUUAUUUGAGACUUUACAGUGGAAGGGGGCCCAAAACUUUUCACAUGUUAUAAUGACUUUCAUUUCUCACUUUUAAAUGCUUGUUUGCUGCAGGGGUUGUAUUUAUUUCUUUUCAUUUCAAAAAUCAACAAAAUACAUAUUUUGCUCAGGGUGCCCAAAGUUUGCAUACAACUGUAAUGUCUGAAUGUUCGUAUGGAAGUGUUUGUGUGUCAAUCUUAUAGAGAUACAGUUCUUCAUACACAGUUGGUACCUCAACAAGUGUGGGAGAAAUUUAAAGUUUCAAACCUGGCAGACUUUUAUUCCGCAGUUUGCCACUCAUCCCUAAGACUGUCUGGGAGAUGAGAGUGCGUCUGUAUGGUAUGUAUCUGCAUGGCUUGUGAAGGAAAAGCUACUAACUCUUACACAUGCAAGCAUUCUAUUUCAGAUUCUGGGCAUGAGGCUCUUUGCCCUGAUUUUAUCCAGUAGAUGUGAUUGUAAUGUCUCCACAUUACACCUAGAGUGCUGAAUUUUCUGAAGGAUGCCGCUUUAAUACAUUGUUCAUCAUUCCAAUAAACCAGAUUAUAGCCCCCUCAUCCUCCAAUGAUUUGGAUUUGAAAUGGCCUAUCUUGCUGGAAUGUUAAUUAUGUUCUGAAUGUGUCACAGCAGAUGUGCAGAAAUGUCAGAGGUGGAAAGAGCUCUGAUAAAAAUGGAUUUGCACAUCUGGCACUUUUCUCUUAUUGUAUUCAAAUUAUUUGAGGGACUUUCUGUUUUAAACUUACUACAGUUGUUUGUUAUUAUUAAGUGAACAUUUGUUAAGAGUUCACGGUCAUUGUUUUGCAAAAAAAGGUUUUUCUUCCUCCACGAUAGUGGAAAGCAGAAUUUAGUAGUACUUCAAGAGUAUAUUGCCUCCUCUUCCUCUUGUGGUGAUUUAAGGCUAUGACUAAACAUUGAAUCUGAUGUAUUAUGGAUAUUGUGUUAAAAUAUGAAUGUCUUGAAAAUAUAUUUGAAUGAUUUAACCUUGUCAAGGGCUUCAGUUGUGAAGAACCUACCUGUUUUUCAUUCCUUUUGUAUUUUUUUGACAAUAUAAAGGUCCUUAUUCUUUCUAUCUUAAAUGCCUAUUUUAUUCCUGAGGACUGGUGUGAAUUGUCACUUGUAAUGUUUCAGAUUCAAUUUUUAUUCCCACACUUAAAGGGAAACCUCAAGUUUGCACCUGUUUUUAUGUAAAAUUAAAAAAAAAGUGUUUUAACAUUA